AUGGCUCAAAAGGCACCCUGGAAGACCAAUCGCAGGAAGCUGGACAUUACGCCUUUGCUCGUCACGAACCAAUGUCCUGACAACAUUUGGCCCGGCAUCUCAACACAAUCCGGGACAGGGCCAGCUCAAAACGGCUUCCAGCUGAAACCCGGGGAGUCCAAGAAUCAGACCGUGUCAGAAGAUUGGCAAGGGCGGGUUUGGGGACGAACGAACUGUUCCUUCAACGAUGACGGAUCGGCUUCGGCUUCAGGCAAAGGGAAAGCUUGUCUCUCUGGCGACUGCAAUGGCGCCUUGAACUGCCGGGUCGGGGGCGACGUUCCUGUCUCGCUUGCCGAGUUCACAUUGGAUGCCGGAGACGGACACACAUACUACGACAUCUCGUUGGUCGAUGGCUACAACGUACCCAUGGCAAUCGUCCUCCAGCCGCUCGAGAACAUCACGCUUGACGACAUCCCACCGAACCUUACCAAUCCAUCAUGCCAAGGUACAGACGGUCUGCUUGCACCGCAGGGCUACAAUCCGUACCCAGAGUAUCCCAGCUUCCUACGCACAAACACCUCAUAUCCAUUACCUUUCGACCAGGAUGUAGACGAGAAUAAGAUCUCCAGAUGGUGCCCUUGGGACUUACAACAGACCCCUCCGCAAAAGCCCGGAGAUGGCGUGUAUCCUUACCCAGACGACAACAUCCAGCGCCCACAGUUCAACCCGUGCUAUUCCGCAUGCGCAAAGAACAACCAGCCACAGGACUGUUGCACUGGCCAAUACAACUCGCCCAGUGCCUGUCAGCCGAGCGAGUAUUCCAAAAACGUAAAAUCAGUAUGCCCAGAUGCAUACAGCUUUGCCUUCGAUGAUCAGACCUCCACCUUCAUCAUCCCUUCUGGAGCCGGAUUCGAAGUCGUCUUCUGUCCGGGCGCUCGCUCAACAACAAUCCUCUCGACGAGUAGAGCGGAGAUGCUCCAAUUAGCACAGCAGGGCAAAGUCGACAAAAAAGCCGCAAUGGGUCUCAAACAGGCCAGUGGCGGCAUGUUCCGAAGAAACGCUGCGUCUGGCACCUUCCGAUUAGAUCGCACCCUGCUCACAGUUACUGUCGUUUUGACUGCUGUAGCUUCGGCACGCAUCUUUUGUUAG